GACAGAACAGUGUAAGGUCAUGGUUGGCCAUUUAAUUUUUUUGCAACUCUGCGGAAAAAAAAGAAACACUUGCACGCUUCACAGCAGUCUGUCAACUCAGAGUAAGAGUUUUUCUUUUCUGAUAUUUUAUCGGUAAUUCUGUGCUCCAGAAGCCUUUAAUCGUCACCCAGCAUGAACGAAAACACUUUAAAACUGCUGGUGAAGUUCACUCAGGAGGGACAGCUGAGUUCUCUGGAGAAACUUAUAGCAUUAGGCGGCUCGGUGGCUGUUCAGACUGCCAGCAGCAAACACUUCGGUCGGUCAGGAGACACCUUGCUGCACUACGCUGCCAGACACGGGCACCUGGACAUCGUGGAGUACCUCAUAAAGCGCCUAGGUUUGGAUGUGGAAGUGUGCAACAACGACUACAAAAGGCCGCUACAUGAAGCUGCGUCCAUGGGUCACAAGGCUUGUGUUGUCUACCUUCUCCACGAAGGAGCCAAGGUGGACUGUCUGAAGAGGGCUGACUGGACUCCUUUGAUGAUGGCUUGUACUCGGAGGAACCUUGAUGUGAUCCAGGAGCUGCUCUCUCAUGGUGCUGACCCUCAGCUGAGGAACAAGGAUGGCUGGAACUCAUUACACAUCGCCUGCAGGGAGGGCGAUCCUGUGGUUGUACAGCACCUGCUUCUUGCUGCACCAGAUGUCUGGAGGACGGAAAGUAAUACACAUAGGACGCCCCUGCACACUGCAGCGAUGCACGGCUGUGAGGAGGUUGUUAGGAUCUUGCUAGACAGAUGUAGCUACAGUCCAGACAGCACAGACAGCUGUGGAGUCACUCCCUUGAUGGAUGCUGUCAGGAGUGGACACAUCUCUGUGGCCAGACUGCUCAUAGAAAAGCACCAGGCGUCUCCAACAGCAGCUGAUAUACUUGGGGCUCAGUCGGUGCACCACGUUGCUGUGACUGGUCAAGACAAGGCCCUGCGGUUCCUGGUGCAGGGCCUCAGCGUAGACGUGAACCAGAGAGCAACUGACAUCCAGCUCACUGCUCUGCAUUACGCUGCAAAGGAGGGCCACACGUCCACUAUAAAAUUACUGAUAGAGUUGGGAGCGAAUAUUCAUGCUCGGGACAAAAAGGGAAGAACUGCUCUUCACAUGGCUUGCAUCGGGCAGCAUGCAGAAGCAGCCAGGACACUUCUGCAGCUUGGACUCAAAGAUUCAGAGGAUGCAUCUGGCACAACAGCACAACAACUUGCCAAGAAACCAGAUGUAGUUCAAAUGUUUGAAUAUGGCCUACCAGACACGUCCUAAAUAAACACUACAGUGACACUGAAUACAUGUUUACACUUAGUUGUGUAUAAUUAAUUUAAGUAAAGGAAACAACCUGAAACACUUGAGGUUUUGUGGAUUGCAUUAAAUCUUUACUGUUUAGUGACUUGACAUGAAUGAAAGUCUGGCUAUGGUGUGUUAUAUUAGCAUCAAGUAUUAUUAACUUAAAAAGUUGCUGCAUAUGCAUAUUUGUAUAUGAAAUAAUGUAUUGAAUGUAGAUAAAACAUUAUGUUAUAAUGAAACUUUGCAGAUAUUUUCUUAAAACAAGCCGGUCACCUUUUACAGUGCCGUCAAGAAACCAGAAGCCAACGCUUGUAUGACAUCUGUCAUUAGUUUGUUUGACUUCAUGUACUGUAAUCUGUAAUCCUAUACAGAUUUGAGAUUUGGG